AUAACAUAUUGGACUGUGUAUGAAAAUCAAUCUGUCAUCUCAUAUGUUAUCUCGAGUUGUAGAUAAACAAGUUUGAGUCACAUCACAUCCCCCUUCGGUAUUUAAAAUGAAUCAAACUAGGAAUAAACUACCCAGCAACGAUCCGAGUAGUUACUGUCGAUUUUGUUUCUCAGACCGCAACUUGGUUCCACUUUUCCCCAGUGGGGAACCUCCCCGGCACAUGCUUCUGGAUCUUAUCACAGACCUGGUGGGCAUUCAAAUAGACAAUGGGGCAGACACUGCCUGUUCGAUUUGCUGGCGAUGUGCUGUGGCUUUGGAGGAUUUCCAGUUGUUUCGACAACGUAGCUGUGAACAUGAUGCCAUUGUACGCGAGAAUCUGUUGCCAUUUGGUGGCCAAGGCGAGUUUGAGGAACGAGAAUAUGUUUCGUCAUCAUUCGAGACACCCGAAGAGACCCAGCAAGAUAAUGACACUUCUUUGCUAAGAUUCGUGCAAAGCCUGAACCAUUCUAAUGAAUAUGCUGAAAAUUCCACGCCUACGCAUAACGACAUCAACAGAUCUUCAUUGGAACAUGAGUUCAUUUGUCCUCUAUGCUAUGUAUCGUAUAGGUAUGAUACAAACUUACAAAAACAUUUCGAAAAGCAUCAUCCAGAGUUGGUGACAGGGGCCACAAUAACCCCAGCCAAUAAUCCGAACAAACGCAAGAGAACGAGUUUGGGUCAGCUAAGAGCCUACCAAAAUCCUCCGCCGUUGCCCCCCAGCAUUCAAUCCACCAGCGAUAACCUCUUCAAAUGUUCCUACUGCCCGAAAUCGUUCAAGCACGGGCCGUCGUUGCACUUUCACCUCAAGUCACACUACGACAUGUUGCCAUUUGUUUGCGAAUUUUGCGACGCUCGAUUCAUCAACGAAAAGGGCAAACACAUCCACAAGGGCAGAUAUCAUUACGAGAACGGAGUCAGAAAGCCAGCUCCACCGCGGGAAACGUUCGAAUGUAAGGAGUGCAAUCGAAACUUUGUCCACCGGAAGUAUCUGUGGCAACACAUUCGUUACAAACAUCCGGAGCGGUGUCUGCCCGAUGGUAGUGAUCCAACACUGGUCAUGUUGCCUCCUACCGAAAUGCCAAAUCAUGAGGAAACGUUUGAAAAUCAUGCAGACGAUGAACCAUUGCUGGAGAUCAAAUCUGAAAUAGAUGAUAGUGAUUCGUAUUUUCCACUGUGGGAUUGAAGCAAGAACAAAAGCACUUCUAUUUUAUUGUUGUCGGUUUCGUUGUUUUUAUUGCAUUUUUUAAGUUGAUUAAUAAAAUAUUUGAUUGUAUAAUAAUUUUG